AUGGCCCCAGACCGCACGAGGUUCUGCGAUUUAUGCAGCCAGGAUAUCAAGCCACGAGGCUGGACGACUCACCGGAAAGCUUGCAAGACUAACACAGAAAAGCGAUGUCGCGAUCAGGUCAUUUUGAAGAUCAGUCUUGUUAUCCAGCAGCGAACUCUGUGCUUGAUGGAUGACGGACAGCUUGACCCAGUCGCGCUAACACACCAAGCAAGAGAUCACCAGCAUGACUUUGCACAUGGUCUUGAUGUAGACUUCGGCCUGAUCAACCCUCUUGAACCUGAACUCGUGGAUGCUGCAGCACUCCCUACCUAUUCGCGUGACGAUAUAAAGGUUGAAUACCACCCAAAUAGUGGUAUUGAGAUGAAAGUCCAUGCAUUUGAUAAUUUCCAUCGUCGUCCGGCAGCCUCUUCAGUUCAUACUCCUCCUGAUAACCAGCCUUGGCGCCCAUUUCAAUCUCGGCUCAAAUUUGACGUUGCUGAGCUCGCUCUCGAGGCUGGAUUAAACAACAAACAGACAGACCACCUGAUCAAAAUUUGCCAUCACAAUUCUGUUGGAAAGGAAAAAUUCACAUUUAGGAACCAUAAAGAUAUUCACAGCAAGUGGGAAGCAGCAUCUCAUCGCAUCACAAAGUUCAUGAAAGAAGUGAUCUCAGUGCCUUAUGAUGGCAAGAUGUGGGACUUUGAUGUACACUACAGGGAUCUUUGGGAACUGGCUACUGACCUGCUUCGGGACCCCCGCCUGUUCCCGCACUUCACAUUUGAUGCACAGCGCUUAUCAAAGUUUGAUGGGCAAACUUUCAUCCGCUUCAUAGAUGAACCUUUCACUGCACAAGACUUUUGGGAUGUGCAAUCGCAACUACCACCAGAUGCAAAGCCGCUAGCUGUUAAGGUCGUGCUCAAGGGAGAGGUUACUCAAAGGGCUUCGGCUUCAGCUUGUACGCUGCGCCCCUUACCCGAGUACGUGCCCUUUAAUUUCCAGGGGACAGAGGGGAAGUCCAAUGGAAGUCUGGGGAGUUCCGAAGGACUUAGUGUCGGUGGAGUUCGGCAGAACUCCGGAAGGUUUAUACGGGGACGGAGUAAGGCUACUACGGAAGUCCGGAGUAGAAACUGAACAGAGGUUAGACUACCCUAAGGUAGAGCCAGAGAAGUAGUCCUAAGGUUUAACCCCUAAGACUUGGAGGUGGACAAGAGGUGAGACUCAAGUCCGGAGAUUGCAGGAAUGAGCAGAACUAAGAUGAUAUU